AAUGAUGACGACUUUUCCCGGGACAAAGACAUACUUCGCCCACCUGGACAUCAGACCCCGGUCCCCACACCUGCUGUCACAUGGGAAGACGAUCGUUCUUGCGAUAGCAGAGUGUUCCAAAGACAUCAGUUCGAUGAUGGUCACCCUGGCACCGCUCCAAACACUGCAUGCCUACCAACUGAGAAUAGACCCUUGCAACUUCAAGGUGCCUCCCCUAUUUCUUUUGAUGAACUGUUCCAACAGAUAUUUGCCCUCCCUUAAGGAAAAAAAACACAUGAUUUCACAUGUGGAAAAUCCCAUGAUUUCACAUGUGAAAUUGUGUGAAACCAUGUGGUUUUGGAACACUUCCUAUGUGAUGAUAUUUCACAUGAAGUUUUACAUGUGGAUUUUCACAUGCGAUCACAUAAACUUUCAUAUGUGGAUUGAAAUGUUCACAUAAUGCCCUGCAAACAAAAAUGAGUCGUUAGGAUGUUCCCAGAACGUCAUGAAAUAGCCAAAGUGUUUUCAACUUACAUAUUUGACACCCAUGAUUACAAUGUGUUCAUUUCUACAGUAAUUAUUAUUCAACAUUUCCUCACCUGGGAUUUGAACUCACAAAUUCUUGGUUCACGGCAUUCCGAUAUUUCUGCCAUACCACCACGCCUGUGUUAAUAUCUGAUUUAACCAGUAUUCCUACUCUUUAGACUUCAAAGGGAAUCUCAGCUUUGUUAAAAAUAAACUCAUGAAAUACUAUUAUAUUUAUCAUAAUGAUUCAGGAGUAACAUUAAAACAGAAUAAUAUGCCCCACCAACAUUAGACAACUAAAGAAAACCCUCAAAUUGCUGAAAUAAGUAAAUAAAAUCAAUGAUGAGAGAAUAGUCAGAAUAACUGAUAACUAAAAUAGCAGUCAGAUGGUACUCUGUUGCUAAGUGCAGAGAUGUACUAUAGGUAAGGAAUGUUUAGGGGACUUCUGAGAAAGCUACGGACUUUAUGGCGCAGCAGAAAGAUCAGCGUACCGCAAAUCCAGAGUUUGUGAGUUCAAAUUCCAGUAGGGGUCAUAUUGAAAACGUUAGUACUAGUGAUCAUGUCAAAUGUAAUCAUAUUGUCAUUGAUGAAAUAUUUGUACACUAUUUUUAGCUGAACAGCAUACCACUUACCUUAAAACCAACAUACAUACACAUUUCAGUACUUCCCUUACAAAAAAAGUGAAAAUUACUGUUUUCACAUAUUGAGCUAAAAUGUUAAUAUGCAGCCCAUAGCUCCUCCUCCUUCUUAUAGCUCAAUCACAGGCCUACAUCAUACCUUGGUGUUUUGUUUAUUUCUCUCACAGCUUCUUUCUCACUGUAUCCUCGUGACUUUGGCGGCUCACAUGGGUGAUGAGUUCACACCUGUUGCGCACGCAGCCAUGGACAAGUACCUCUGGGCCUUCGCAGCCGUCCUGGCAGAGAAAUACCGAUAAGGAUAAUCAUAGAAACCAAAUGUUGCUGUUCCAUUAACUUAUUAUACAUAUAGUAUUUUAUUCGUGUGCUUUUAUUUUGUAAUGAAACAUGACAAAAACCCUUAUGAGCUAUCUUGUGUCAUUAACACUAUAAUGUGGAGGAAAGCGUUACUUGUUCAGCUGUAUUAAGUUCUCUCGGUCAGUAGUGACAGAGUUGCCAACUGUACUGAUAUAAACUAAACCAUCUGCUGUGGACCAUACAUUUCUAAUUGACAACAGAAGAAUAUCAUUUGUUGGAGCCCCAAUUAAGUAUAAAGUGUAUUAAAAAUGUAUUUUAAUUAGGUUUUUACUGAACAAAUCAUUAUUGACAUCAUUGUGGCGCACCGUGCGUAAAGGACACGUUUCAAAGUGGGCUAUCAUUUCGUAAAGUGAUGUUUUGAUUUUCCUGCUGGUAAUAUAUUGGCACCUUUGCACUUUACAAUGUAGUGCAAUGGACCAGAAUGUUCUGGUUGAAUGGCUAUUUUUACCCUAUAUGCCCCUGCAACUUACCACAGUUGAUAAAUUACACAGUAAAGGAGAAUCACCUAGUCCAGGCCAUUUUUUUUUACUUGAAGUGAAAAUCUAAAUCUCAGUGUUUUUUAUUGUUGUCCUGUGCUGUGGUAAAUCAAACAAAUACAUGCGUGAACAACAAACAUUUUUUUAAAGUCAAUAUUAUAGCGCAACUAGGCCUAUCUGAGGCGCAUCCGGCCGAUGUGAGGCCCAUCACGUAUGUAAACAUAUACCAUCUGAAACUAUAAAUUACCUUGUUAUCAUUUGUGUCUCUUUUUGGCAAAUGUUUUAUUCAUCACUGAUUCAAAUUGUGAUUAUUGGCACGUUUAAUAAAUUAAUGUCCAAUCAUUAUUAUUUUUUAAAUGAACACGCAGGCAUAUUUAUCAUGGCACGAAUGAAGUUAGAGAGUUCUUCUUUUUGAGCUUCAUUUGGAGUCGCUAAUGGGUGGAGGUAUUGCUGUAGGAGAUAGCACAGAUGCUUGUUUUUUUUUGCAGAUAAAGGGAUCUACAAAGAAUACGCAAACGGAGCCGACAGAGCAUAUAGCGCAGUGUCUCAAUGUCGUUUUUCGUCACAAAAGGGGCUGCUCGUUGUAGUGCGCUCCGACAUUCGACUAUUCCCGUGUCACAUGAAAAUUGUAAAGCGCUGUAUCAUCCCUUCCGUAGCGGUGGGGCAGUGUUGUGUAGGCAAUGAAGCUUGCUUAGUUCCUUGAUCUGAUAUAUAGGCUAUUCAUCAAAGUAGCCUGUUUUGCAUUGAUAAACAAAUAUAAUCUCAGCGAAUGUUCAAACAAUAAACCAAACAAAAUUGUAGCCUUCUUAGAAUCUCCCCCAAAAUGUAUUUUGUUUGGAAGUAAUAACUAGGCCUAUUGAUUCCAGGCUACUGGUAAAAACAGCUGCGAAAUACAGUGUCUUGCAAUGGUAUCAUACCCCUUGGAUUUUUUCACAUUUUAUUGUGUUACAAAGUGGGAUUAAACUUGAUUUAAUUGUAAUUUUUUGUCAACAAUCUACACAAAAUAAUGUCAAAGUGUAAGAAAAAACAUAUCUCCAUGUGAAAUAAUCACAUUUAUACUUAAAAAAUAUAUACUUGCCGGUGUAACCUAAAACAUUAUCCCAGUUUGAUAUGCUGCUUAUGUAUUCAUUUCCAUAUCAGCUAAAAAUAUAAAGUCAUGUUUUGGUUAUGGAGAAAAAAGCACAUGGCUAGCUAGUUGGCUACAGCAGGUUCUAGCAUUUCACAAUAGCCUGUAAUCACUAGUUAUUACUUCUAAACAAAAUACCAUAGAAUUAGAAUACAAAUGUUAUUACUAUGAUUCCAACAGCUCACCCAAGUGUUUUGAUCUAAAUCGCAAGUAAAAUCCCAAUAGCGAUCGUGUUUUCUGUAGUGUCCUCAUGUAAAUAGCCUGUUUUUUAGUUUUUUUUAUAUAUAUUUCUCAAUCUCACUUUCCAUCCAUUAACUAAAUAUACUUUCCUGCAACCCACCUCACCCAAUGUGGAAUGGAUUAUAUUAUUUCUUUAUACCUUCGUAUCUAGAACAUCCGGCUGAAACUAGCCAGCUACUUGCUAUUAGCCACCGUUAGCGGUCUUCACCAUUGUCCCCCCCCCACCCCCCCCCCCCACACACACAGCGGAGUCGCUCACCCCCUUUCGGAGACAUUUGAAACCCCACCUCUUUAAGGAAUACCCGGGAUAGGAAAAAGUAAUCCUUCUACCCCCCCCCCCCCCACCCCACAGCGGAGUCACUCACCACCUUCCGGAGACAUUUGAACCCCCCCCCCCCCCCCCAAAUUGUAAAGUGGUUAUCCCACUGGCUAUAGGGUAAACGCACCAAUUUGUGAGUCGCUCUGGCUAAGAGCGUCUGCUAAAUGACGUUAAUGUGCCCUUGAGCAAGGCACUUAACCCCAAUUGCUCCUGUAAGUCGCUCUGGAUAAGAGCGUCUGCUAAAUGACUAAAAUGUAAAAUGUAAAUGUAAUGUCCGUGGCCUGCACUAGCUACCAGCCAGCUCUAGCCUGGACAAUUAUCAGCCAGUCUGCACAUCGCGCUAGAGCAUAUCGGAUUUUCUGCCGGAAUCACUGGACAUUAACACCGGAUCAUCGCAACUAGCUAGCUGCAACCGAAUGGCUGUUGUUGGCUAAUCACCACUCUCCAGAAGCAAGCCCCAGUUAGCCUUGAGCCAGGCCCAUCUCUCGGCUAUCUACCUCUCUGUCAACCGGACGGGACCCGCCGAUCCAUCACAACUGGUCUGCCGACGUAAUCGUCUGAUGUGGUUUCAACAGGCUUCCCGUUACGAUGACCACGAAGAUCCAUCUGCUAGCCCCGGCCCGCUAGCACACGCAAUCAACAGCCGUGCCUCCUGCUCGCCUGUGCCGUAGCAGCCACUGAACUGCUCCCGGACUCACCUAUUGCUGUUCACUGGACCUUAUGAUCACUCAGCUACACAGCUGAUGCCUGCUGGACUGUUCCUUUAUAUGUUACAUUUCAUUUACAUUUCAGUCAUUUAGCAGACGCUCUUAUCCAGAGCGACUUACAGGAGCAAUUAGGGUUAAGAUUUUUCACCUAGUCGGCUUGGGGAUUAGAACCAGCGACCUUUCGGUUACUGGCACAACGCUCUUAACCACUAAUCUGCCUGCCGCCCCAUCCUGUUUAUCUGUUUAGUGUCGUAUAUGAUGAAUGGUGGCAAUUAUCGCUGUCAACAAAGAGUUCGCCAUACUGCAUCGUGUUAGAGGCUUUUAUUAAAAUCACGAAUCUACAGCAUAGAUACAGACUCGCGAUGUCCGGAGAACGGCUCCCAGAUUGAUAUGGCCGUUCUGUCGUCUCAUCGUUUACCCCCUAUUUAUAAACAAUGCAAAGGGAGGGGCUACUCCCUUCUUCUGGCCAAUCACCAGUCUCCCCUCGGCCGUCACCCUCCAAGCGGCACAUUUCAAAUAACAUCAUAAAACCUCCCCCCUCUGGCCUGAACAACCAACAUUCCAUUCCGUCAUGAAAAACAUUUAACAAAGACAUAAUCUUCAGAUACGAUAUUAGCCUCAGCUCAAACUUUCAUUGCCAUUACCAACUGUUGUCUUAGCUCUCUCGAAUAACAAUUGUGAUUGCUUUAUGCCUAUCUCCCAUGUCAAUAUGCCUUGCCUAUUGCUGUUUCGGUUAGUGCUUACUGUACUUUUUCACUGUAGAGCCCCCAGUCCCGCUCAACCUGCCUCAGAUAGCUCCUUUGUCCCACCCCCCACACACGCGGAGACCGGCUCAAUCAGUGCCUCCAUUGAUGCUAUCUCUUUCAUCAUUACCCAAUGCUUAGGUUUACCUCCACUGUACUCAUAUCCUUCCAUAUCCUUGUCUGUACAUAAUGCCCUGAAUCUAAUCUACAACGCCCGGAAAUCUGCCCCUUUUAUUCUCUGUACCCAAUGCACUAGAAGACCAGUUCUUAAAGCCUUUAGCCAUAUCCUUAUUCUAUUCAUCCUCUGUUCCUCUGCUGAUGUAAAGGUUAACCCAGGCCCUGUAGCUCCCAGUAUCACUCCUACUCCCCAGGCGCUAUCAUUUGUUGACUUCUGUAACCGAAAAAGCCUUGGUUUCUUGCAUGUUAACAUCAGAAUCCUCCUCCCUAAGUUUGAGUUAUUCACUGCGUUAGCACACUCCGCCAACCCUGAUGUUCUAGCAGUGUCUGAAUCCUGGCUUAGUAAGGCCACCAAAUAUUCAGAAAUGUCCAUUCCCAACUACAACAUUUUCCAUCUAGAUAGAACUGCCAAAGGUGGCAGAGUUGCAAUCUACUGUAGAGCUCUAUCAUACUAUCCAGGUCUGUGCCCAAACAGUUUGAGCUUCUACUUCUAAAAAUCCACCUUUCCAGAAAUAAGUCUCUCACUGUUGCCGCUUGCUACAGCCCCCCCUCAGCCCCCAGCUGUGCCCUGGACACCAUAUGUGAAUUGAUUGCCCCCCAUCUAUCCUCAGAGUUUGUAUUGCUUGGUGACCUAAACUCGGAUAUGCUUAACACCCCGGCCAUCCUACAAUCUAAACUAGAUGCCCUCAAUCUCACACAAAUUAUCAAGGAACCUACCAGGUUCAACUCUAAAUCCGUAAACAUGGGCACCUUCAUAGAUAUCAUCCUGACUAAUUUACCCUCUAAAUACACUUCUGCUGUCUUCAACCAGGAUCUCAGCGAUCACUGCCUCAUUGCCUGCGUCCGUAAUUGGUUCGCGGUCAAACGACCACCCCUCAUCACUGUCAAACGCUCCCUAAAACACUUCAGCGAGCUGGCCUUUCUAAUUGACCUGGCCUGGGUAUCCUGGAUGGAUAUUGACCUCAUUCCGUCAGUAGGGGAUGCCUGGUUGUUCUUUAAAAGUGCCUUCCUCUCCAUCUUAAAUAAGCAUGCCCCAUUAAAAAAAUUCAGAACUAAGAACAGAUAUAGCCCCUGGUUCACCCCAGACUUGACUGCCCUUGACCAGCACAAAAACAUCCUGUUGCGUACUGCAUUAGCAUAGAACAGCCCCCGCGAUAUGCAACUUUUCAGGGAAGUCAGGAACCAAUAUACACAAUCAGUUAGGAAAGCAAAGGCUAGCUUUUUCAAACAGAAAUUUGCAUCCUGAAGCACUAACUCCAAAAAGUUUUGGGACACUGUAAAGUCCAUGGAGAAUAAGAGCACCUCCUCCCAUUUGCCUACUGCACUGAGGCUAGGAAACACUGUCACUACCAAUAAAUCUACGAUCAUCUAAAAUUUCAACAAUCAUUUUGCUAUGGCUGGCCAUGCUUUCCACCUGGCUACCCCUACCCCGGCCACCAGCUCUGCACCCUCCACUGCAACUUGCCCAUGCCCCCCCCCCCCCGCUUCUCCUUCACCCAAAUUCAGAUAGCUGAUGUUCUGAAAGAGCUGCAAAAUCUGGACCCCUACAAAUCAGCUGGGCUAGACAAUCUUCUAAAAUUAGCCGCCGAAAUUGUCGCAACCCCUAUUACCAGCCUGUUCAACCUCUCUUUCGUAUCGUCUGAGAUCCCCAGAGAUUGGAAAGCUGCCGCGGUGACACUCUAGAUCCAAACUGUUACAGACCUAUAUCCAUCCUGCCCUGCCUUUCGAACGUAUUUGAAAGCCAAGUUAACAAACAGAUCACCGACCAUUUCGAAACCCACCGUACCUUCUCCGCUAUGCAAUCUGGUUUCCGAGCUGGUCAAGCUGCCGCAGUGACACUCUAGAUCCAAACUGUUACAGACCUAUAUCCAUCCUGCCCUGCCUUUCGAAAGUAUUUGAAAGCCAAGUUAACAAACAGAUCACCGACCAUUUCGAAACCCACCGUACCUUCUCCGCUAUGCAAUCUGGUUUCCGAGCUGGUCAUGGGUGCACCUCAGCCACACUCAAGGUCCUAAACAAUAUUAUAACCGCGAUCGAAAAAAGACAGUACUGUGCAGCCGUCUUCAUCGACCUGGCCAAGGCUUUCGACUCCGUCAAUCACUGCAUUCUUAUUGGCAGACUAAAUAGCCUUGGUUUCUCAAAUGACUGCCUCGCCUGGUUCACCAACUACUUCUCAGAUAGAGUUCAAUGUGUCAAAUCGGAGGGCCUGUUGUCUGGACCUCUGGCAGUCUCUAUGGGGGUGCCACAGGGUUCAAUUCUCGGGCCAACUCUAUUCUCUGUGUAUAUCAAUGAUGUCGCUCUUGCUGCUGGUGACUCUCAGAUCCACCUCUACGCAGACGACACCAUUUUGUAUACAUCUGGCCCUUCAUUGGACACUGUGUUAACAAACCUCCAAACAAGCUUCAAUGCCUUACAGCACUCCUUCCGUAGCCACCAACUGCUCUUAAACGCUAGUAAAACUAAAUGCAUGCUCUUCAAUCGAACGCUGCUUGCACCCGCCCAACCCGACUAGAAUCAUUACUCUCGGCGGGUCUGACUUAGAAUAUGUGGACAACUACAAAUACCUAGGUGUCUGGUUAGACCGUAAACUCUCCUCCAGACUCACAUUAAGCAUCUCCAAUCCAAAGUUAAAUCUAGAAUCGGCUUCCUAUUUCACAACAAACCCUUCUUCACUCAUGCUGCCAAACAUGCCCUCGUAAAACUGACUAUCCUACCGAUCCUUGACUUCGGCGAUGUCAUUUACAAAAUAGCCUCCAACACUCUACUAAUCAAAUUGGAUGUCGUCUAUCACAGUGCCAUCCGUUUUGUCACCAAAGCCCCAUAUACAAUGAGGGAAAAAAGUAUUUGAUCCCCUACUGAUUUUGUACAUUUUCCCACUGACAAAGAAAUGAUCAGUCUAUAAUUUUAAUGGUAGGUUUAUUUGAACAGUGAGAGACAGAAUAACAACAAAAAAAUUCAGAAAAACGCAUGUCAAAAAUAUUAUAAAUUGAUUUGCAUUUUAAUGAGGGAAAUAAGCAUUUCACCCCCUCUCAAUCAGACAGAUUUCUGGCUCCAAGGUGUCUUUUAUACAGGUAACGAGCUGACAUUAGGAGCACACUCUUAAAGGGAGUGCUCCUAAUCUCAGCUUGUUACCUGUAUAAAAGACACCUGUCCACAGAAGCAAUCAAUCAAUCAGAUUCCAAACUCUCCACCAUGGCCAAGACCAAAGAGCUCUCCAAGGAUGUCAGGGACAAGAUUGUAGACCUACACAAGGCUGGAAUGGGCUACAAGACCAUCGCCAAGCAGCUUGGUGAGAAGGUGACAACAGUUGGUGCAAUUAUUCGCAAAUGGAAGAAACACAAAAUAACUGUCAAUCUCCCUCGGCCUGGGGCUCCAUGCAAGAUCUCACCUUCUGGAGCUGCAAUGAUCAUGAGAACGGUGAGGAAUCAGCCCAGAACUACACAGGAGGAUCUUGUCAAUGAUCUCAAGGCAGCUGGGACCAUAAUCACCAAGAAAACAAUUGGUAACGCACUACACCGUGAAGGACUGCAAUCCUGCAGCGCCCGCAAUGUCCCCCUGCUCAAGAAAGCACAUAUACAUGCCCGUCUGAAGUUUGCCAAUGAACAUCAGAAUGAUUCAGAGGAGAACUGGGUGAAAGUGUUGUGGUCAGAUGAGACCAAAAUCAAGUUCUUUGGCAUCAACUCAACUCGCCGUGUUUGGAGGAGGAGGAAUGCUGCCUAUGACCCCAAGAACACCAUCCCCACCGUCAAACAUUGAGGUGGAAACAUUAUGCUUUGGGGGGGUUUUCUGCUAAGGGGACAGGGCAACUUCACCGCAUCAAAGGGACGAUGGACAGGGCCAUGUACCGUCAAAUCUUGGGUGAGAACCUCCUUCCCUCAGCCAGGGCAUUGAAAAUGGGUCGUGGAUGGGUAUUCCAGCAUGACAAUGACCCAAAACACACGGCCAAGGCAACAAAGGAGUGGCUCAAGAAGACGCACAUUAAGGUCCACUCCUUAAUCACAUAGAAAAUCUGUGGAGCUGAAGGUUCGAGUUGCCAAACGUCAGCCUCGAAACCUUAAUGACUUGGAGAAGAUCUGCAAAGAGGAGUGGAACAAAAUCCCUCCUGAGAUGUGUGCAAACCUGGUGGCCAACUACAAGAAACGUCUGACCUCUGUGAUUGCCAACAAGGGUUUUGCCACCAAGUACCUUCAUGUUUUGCAGAGGUCAAAUACUUAUUUCCCUCAUUAAAAUGCAAAUCAAUUUAUAACAUUUCUGACAUACGUUUUUCUGGAUUUUUUUGUGUUAUUCUGUCUCUCACUGUUCAAAUAAACCUACCAUUAAAAUUAUAGACUGAUCAUGUCUUUGUCAGUGGGCAAACGUACAAAAUCAGCAGGGGAUCAAAUACUUUUUCCCUCACUGUACUACCCACCAUUGUGACCUGUAAGCUGUCGUUGGCUGGCCCUCACUACAUAUUCGUCGCCGAACCCACUGGCUCCAGGUCAUCUAUAAAUCACUGCUAGGCAAAUCCCUGCCUUAUUUUAGCUCAUUGGUCACCAUAGCAACAUCCACCUGUAGUAUGCCCUCCAGCAGGUAUAUCUUACUGGUCAUCCCCAAAGCCAACACCUCCUUUGGCCGCCAUUCCUUCCAGUUCUCUGCUGCCAAUGACUGGAACGAACUGCAAAAAUCUCUGAAGCUGGAGACUCUCAUCUCCCUCACUAACUUUAAGCAUCAGGUGUCAGAGCAGCUUACCGAUCACUGCACCUGUACACAGCCCAUCUGUGAUUAGCCCACCCAACUACCUCAUCCCCAUAUUGUUAUUUAUUUUGCUCAUUUGCACCCCAGUAUCUCUAUUUGCACAUCAUCUUCUGCACAUCUAUCAUUCCAGUGUUAAUACUAAAUUGUAAUUAUUUUGCACUAUGGCCUAUUUAUUGCCCUACCUCCAUAACUUACUACAUUUGCACACACUGUAUAUAGAUUUUCUAUUGUGUUAUUGACUCUACGUUUUGUUUAUCCCAUUUGUAACUCUAUGUUGUUGUUGUUUUUAUCGCACUGCUUUGCUUUAUCUUGGCCAGGUCGCAGUUGUAAAUGAGAACGUGUUCUCAACUGGCUUACCUGGUUAAAUAAAGGUUAAAUAUAAAAAUAAAAUUAAAAUAAAAAUAGCAAUUAUUUGUAAACAACAACAACAAAAAAUCACAAUUAGAUUAUUUGCCCAUAUCGUGCAUGCAGCCCUAGUAUGAUAGUACGCCCAAUUCCAGACCUUUACUUUACCACUGUAUCACAGGAUGAUGACGACUUUUCCCGGGACAAAGACAUACUUCGCUCACCUGGACAUCAGACCCCGGUCCCCACACCUGCUGUCACAUGGGAAGACGAUCUUUCUUGCGAUAGCAGAGUGUUCCAAAGACAUCAGUUCGAUAAUGGUCACCCUGGCACUGCUCCAAACACUGCAUGCCUACCAACUGAGAAUAGACCCUUGCAACUUCAAGGUGCCUCCCCUAUUUCUUUUGAUGAACUGUUCCAACAGAUAUUUGCCCUCCCUUAAGGAAAAAAACACAUGAUUUCACAUGUGGAAAAUCCCAUGAUUUCACAUGUGAAAUUGUGUUAAACCAUGUGGUUUUGGAACACUUCCCAUGUGAUGAUAUUUCACAUGAAGUUUUACAUGUGGAUUUUCACAUGCGAUCACGUAAACUUCAAUAUGUGGAUUCAAAUGUCACAUGAUGCCAUGCAAACAAAAAUGAGUCGUUAGGAUGUCCCCAGAACGUCAUGAAAUAGCCAAAGUGUUUUCAACUUACAUAUUUGACACCCAUGAUUACAAUGUGUAUGUUCAUUUCUACAGUAAUUAUUAUUCAACAUGUCCUCACCUGGUAUUUGAACUCACAAAUUCUUGGUUCAUGCAUUCCGAUAUUUCUGCCAUACCACCACGCCUGUGUUAAUAUCUGAUUUAACCAGUAUUCCUACUCUUUAGACUUCAAAAGGAAUCUCAGCUUUGUUAAAAAUAAACUCAUGAAAUACUAUUAUAUUUAUCAUAGUGAUUCAGGAGUAACAUUAAAACAGAAUAAUAUGCCCCACCAACAUUAGACAACUAAAGAAACCCCUCAAAUUGCUGAAAUAAGUAAAUAAAAUCAAUGAUGAGAGAAUAGUCAGAAUAACUGAUAACUAAAAUAGCAGUCAGAUGGUACUCUGUUGCUAAGUGCAGAGAUGUACUAUAGGUAAGGAAUGUUUAGGGGACUUCUGAGAACGCUACGGACUUUAUGGCGCAGCAGAAAGAUCAGCGUACCGCAAAUCCAGAGUUUGUGAGUUCAAAUUCCAGUAGGGGUCAUAUUGAAAACGUUAGUACUAGUGAUCAUGUCAAAUGUAAUCAUAUUGUCAUUGAUGAAAUAUUUGUACACUAUUUUUAGCUGAACAGCAUACCACUUACCUUAAAACCAACAUACAUACACAUUUCAGUACUUCCCUUACAAAAAAAAAGUGAAAAUUACUGUUUUCACAUAUUGAGCUAAAAUGUUAAUAUGCAGCCCAUAGCUCCUCCUCCUUCUUAUAGCUCAAUCACAGGCCCACAUCAUACCUUGGUGUUUUGUUUAUUUCUCUCACAGCUUCUUUCUCACUGUAUCCUCUUGACUUUGGCGGCUCACAUGGGUGAUGAGUUCACACCUGUUGCGCACGCAGCCAUGGACAAGUACCUCUCGGCCUUCGCAGCCGUCCUGGCAGAGAAAUACCGA